UUUCGCGCAGCAAACUGCAGUUUGCAAAUACUAUUUUAAUACUAAAUUUUACUGUAAAAAUUAUAUUUUUGAGCGUCAAAUAUUUGUUUUCAUCCGGUUUGCUAUCAAUUUGCAAAUACGUUCUACGCAUGUAAGAGUAGUAGCCUGUUGCGACGCGUCAACAAGCCAGGGUGACUCUGCACUUGGGGACUUUUUCUUUAACGUUGAUUCGCGUUUUGGCGCCAUCGCGGCGUACUUUUUCGUGAGUUUUGUAACUGUAUUAAAUUUAUGGUCUGCUCCAAAAUGAUGUCUCAUGAUCAUCUUGAACCGAUGGCCACCUGCUCGGAUAGUGACGAUACGUUCAACCAGAAGCGCAAACGAUGGGAACGCGACCAGAAAGUUCCUCGUACUGGUGAAUCCAGCAGCGAUCCAGACGAUUCUCCUCACUCUGAGUUGUUCCAAGACGGAAAGCCGAUGAAGGCCCUGGAGCAACCGAAUGCGCUAAAAUACUCCGCGCGACCCGAUACGAAAGUGCUGAAAACGACCGUAAUUCCUGAUAAAAUUAUUGUUCGCCAAACGGAACUGGCCAAUCAUGUGCUUGUUAUGGGAACAGUAUCGUAUGGAGACAAUCCUAUCAAGUGCCCGUACGGAACCGAAACCAACGCUUGUAACACAGUGGAAUUCACGUCGACGGAUAGUCUGAAGGCUCAUCUGGAAGCUGCGCACGAACUAACUAAUGUUCAGGUUAAUCUACUGUGUCCCUGUCCCGCGGAAUGCAACGGAAAUGAGGAAUGCCUGGUUGUGGUGUACGAUCAGUACUCCGGGGUGUUUCUGGAUGACCACAUGACGCUUGCUCACAAGGAGUUCUAUGAAAAACUGCAAACAUUAACAUGCUGCGAUAAGCUUGAUGAUGACCAGAAGGAAUUUCUCGAAGCAUUUCUCGAAGAGAAUGAUUUGAAAAUGGACGAUAUAAAAUAUCUGGACCAUCUGAACGGGCGUAAAACAUUUCCGGAAUGGGUACUUGAUCUGGAUGCAAAACAACCGUUUCCUAGCCAGAUUAUUCCAGAUAAAUUCGUCAUUCCUACCGUCGUAGAGAAUUGCUGCUUACGUUACGUCUGCAAUCUUGAACCAUGUAAAAGAACUGUCUUUCGCUACGCGCGACAAAUAAAAAGUCAUAUCGCUGUUGCGCACGAGGAGCAGGUGCGCAUGGAAACCGACCUGUUCUUUGGAUGUCCUGCUCCAGGAUGCAAUGAUAUCGCGAUGGCCGAAACGAAGCAUAUGGUAUCACACGUGAAAGCGAUGCAUCCUUUACUCUGCGGCAAGCCCGACUACUCCGAGAACGCAUUGCAGAACCGAAGGGACUUGAUAAUGGAUAUGGAUCGGCGUCGUGUGCUCGUCAGAGAGACUUUGGAUGGUUCCUUGGAGAAGUGUGAAGAUUGUUGUAGUGACAAAAUGCACCGGCACUUCUGCAAGUACUCGUGCCCUGUACCGGAUUGUUCGGUGGAGUACUGGGAUCGUGAGUACAUGGUUUGGCACAUUGGAGCUGAUCAUCAGAAUCGCUGGAAUAUUGCCUGAAAAAUGCAGUCGUAGUUAUGUGUUUGAUGCUCGCAAGAAAUCGCUGGAAUAUUGCCUGAAAAAUGCAGUCGUAGUUAUGUGUUUGAUGCUCGCAUUUCUGAGAGUUGGCGCGCGUUGACGAUCGGGUCCGCUGCCGCGAUACACGUACAUCAGUACACAGCUUCGUCGACGUGAGAAUGGCAUCCCACUGUUGACAGGUGCGGCGGCAGCGCAGCCUUUUAACGGUGUCCAAUGACUGAAAGGUCUCCUUUAGCACUUCCAGCGGCAACGCCAAUACGCGCUCAGCGGCACACAACGGCUGUUUCCGUUUCGGCUCGGCAUCCGACUCUGCGGAUUUCUUGCGCAACUGAUUAUAAAAGGACGAUACUGUCUGGCACUUUCGAACGCCCUAGCCUGUCAUUGAAUUUGGGGAAACUCAGAGAACACGACAAAAAUGCUCGGUUGAAUGUGUGACCACACCGUUCCCAACCUUUCCAGCAACGCUCCGGCCUGUCAAGGCACGCCAACGUGCAUUUUUUCCAGUUAUGUGCUAUGUACUAUCAAUGAUUCACCGGUCGGGUCAUCGUUUCUUCGGUCAGCAAAACGUCCUCAGCAAAUUGUCGAUCAGCAGGAAAGUGGUCAGCGAAUUUUCCGUGUGUCAAAUUCCUGAAUUCGACGUCUGAAAAUUCACUCGGAGGAGACAACAGAAACUGCAUUUUUUUGCGCUGUUACCUUGAAGUUCAGUAGGAUUUUAUGAGAAAUGUACACAGCUUGGAUCGAAAUAAUUUCAAAACAAACAGCUGUUGUGGAAAUUCAUUAACAAGUAAAAAAUAA